AUGAGACCACAGAAUUCGGUUGCAGUACUGCUGCUGCUGCUCUUCUCCUGUCUUGCGGUCACCGCCCCGGUCCUCGCCACAAAGACCGUCGUCGACCUCAUAUCCUCCGACCCAGGCUUCUCGCGCCUCGUCAAGGAGCUACAGCGUCUCAGACUGAUUGUCCUCCUCAACCGACGCAAGACCUGCACGUUUUUCGCCCCGACCAAUGCCGCGUUCGACAGGUGGGAUGCCGAACACAGCGGCAGACGCAUGGACCAGGCGACACUCCUGUAUCAUAUUCUCCCCGACAACACCUUAACGGACAAUCUGCGGGAUGCCAUGCUGCUCGAGACCCUCCUCGUGCGGGAAGGCUAUCUCGGUGAGCACAACGAGGGCCAAUUGGUUGCAGUCUCAAAGCCGAGCUGGAGACCCGGACGAAAGGUGCGCCUGCUUGUCGGAGGCGCCGAGUUGCUAGAAAAGGAUUGGCAGGCGGACAAUGGCGUCGUUCAUGUCGUGGAUCGCCUACUAUCGCCACCCGAAGAUCUCGGCAAGUCUUUGGAAACAAUGAAGAAACAUGACGAAUUGUCUGCAAUAUACAACAUUGUCCACUCUGCUGGUCUGACCGAUCUACUGCGUCAACACCGACCGUUCACUCUGUUUGCACCGAUUGCAGACGGGCUCAAGAAACUAAGCGAUAUCCAGGUGCACUACCUCCGUCAUGAGCAAGGACGCAAGGAUCUCGAAACCACAUUUCACCAUCACAUCCAUGCCGGCACUCUAUACAAGCAAGACAUUCGACCUGGCACCAGCAGCGUAUCCACUCUCGAAGGACAGGACCUGAUGAUCAGCCUUGACGAUAAGCUGCUGGUCGAUAAUGCCGAAGUCGAGACGACUGACAUCCUCGCCUCUAACGGCGUCAUCCAUACGGUCUCACGUCCGCUGUUACCAAGCGCUCUGGUCUGGACAGCUGCCAAAUAUCUGGUGGGAUUAAACGCCACCAAUUUCGUGAACGCGCUGCGAGAUUCAGGACUUAACCAUUACAUCGACGACCCAGCGGCGAGCUACACUAUCUUUGCGCCUCAGGACGAUACGUUCCCAGAUGAAUUUUCGAAUGCCUUCCACAUGUCAAGAGAAGUGCUCCAAUACCAUGUGGUGCCAGGCAGGAACUUAUAUACCAGUUUCCGGGACGGUCAGCUGCUGUCGACGGAGCUCCAUACGGAGCGAUUGAACGGAGAUGCACAGCGAUCCAAGGUUCAGGUUAGGCAAGAUAACAAGCAUACUGUCGUGUCGAUCAAUGGGGUUGAACUCAAAGGAGAGCCAGUUCAAAUUGGUAGGUCAAUCAUUUACCUGGUGAGUCGUCCUUUGGGUCUGCCUCUUCCUUUGAUCAAGCAGAUAAAAAAGGAGGCCUCCCUUUCUGAGUUCACGCAUGUCUUGACUGCCACGGGUCUCGAUCGACGACUGUCAGAUGCGCGUGGUAUCACGGUCUUUGCGCCAGCAAGUCCGGCCUGGGACGAACUGGGUGUUGUGAAGAACUACCUGAUGCUUGAAGGGAAUUCUUCGGUUGCAGCUCUCGAGGCUGUGGCACGCUAUACCAUUGUGGAAAACACUCACUAUACGCCCGACAUCAAACCAGGGAGGACACUCUUGCCGACGUCAGAGGGAAGCAAUCUAGUUAUUGAGAAGAAUGGAGGAACCAUCUAUGUCGGUGAAGGUCGACUUGAGCGGUCGGAACAGGUUGGUGGUAAAAUCACCGGAAAAGAUCUUUUGGUCGAUUCUGGAGUCAUCCACACUGUGUCAUCUGUGGCAUUGCCCCCCACGCUCUCCAUCACCCUUUACAACGUGCUUCAGGGAGCUGGGACGGCCGACUUCUUGCAGGCAUUCCAGACCUCGAAUAUCACUCGGAUUUUGACGAACUGGGAGCAAGACUUUACCAUUUUUGCGCCCACAGAUGAAGCUUUUAAGAAAGCUGGCCUUGAAGCCGCUCUGAGCGAUCGCGAGUUUGUGGCACGCCUGGUUCGUCUCCAUGUGAUCCCGGGCAAAGUCCUGAAGCUGGAGGAGGACAUUAACGAUGACGAGGCUAGCAUGCUGAACGACGAGGCACGACUGAGCUAUAGGGACAUUCACCACGACGGCAAGACCUUUGGUGUCCGAGUGAAGGGAGCGCGGUCAACGAAAGAGGCCCGAAUCAUUGGUGGCGGUCGUGCCCAUCCAGCAUGGCCUGAUGAAUCCCUUUACAGAAACAAGCGACCGGGCUCUGGCAUGCAACAGCAACAGGCAGUCGAGAAUGGUGGAGUGCAUUCGAUAGGGUCAACCGUUUCGGCAGCUCAGGCAGGAGGCGUUGUUUAUGUAAUCGACCGAGUGCUGUUGCCUGGAGACCCUGAUGGGCUGAGUGCAGCAUGGUUCUGGAUCGGCAUCGUCGUGCUUGGCUUGCUUGGAACAACCGUCCUGUGUGCACUCACGGCGCUAUCGAUUUUUGCGUUAGUGAAGGAGAUCCGACAUCUGGAGGGGUACCAGGCUGUUGCGACAGACGAGGAGUCCCAGAAUGUAAAUGGAGACGACGUCCAGAGGUCCGUAGGAGUGGGUGCGGCACAGGCUGAACCUGUGGCGGAUGUCGCUGCGUCAGGAGACACCUUAGCAGCUGAGGCAGCCCAGGCCAACAUAGAAGGAGCAGGAAGUGAGCGCGGCAACACCGGCAAUAACAACCGCAAUUAA